AUGAACCCCGAAACCAUCGAGCUCGAUGGCAAGACAGUGAAGCUUCAGAUCUGGGACACCGCAGGCCAAGAGCGCUUCCGUACCAUCACAUCAUCCUACUACCGCGGCGCCCACGGUAUCUGCGUUGUUUACGAUGUCACCGACAUGGACUCGUUCAACAACGUCAAGCAGUGGCUACAGGAGAUUGACCGCUACGCUACCGAGGGCGUCAACAAGCUUCUCGUCGGCAACAAGAGCGAUAUGACCGACAAGAAGGUUGUCGAGUACAAUGUUGCAAAGGAGUUCGCUGACAGCCUCGGCAUUCCUUUCCUCGAGACUUCGGCCAAGAACGCAUCCAACGUCGAGCAGGCCUUCUUGACCAUGGCCCGCCAGAUCAAGGAGCGCAUGGGUAACACCACUGUCAACAACAAGCCUACCGUCCAAGUCGGUCAAGGUAGCACCGUCCAGAGCGGCAGCGCUGGUGGCUGCUGUUAA